CUUUCUUCUCUCAGCGGCUCGCCUCCUUACAUUACUUAAAACUGUCCUCAGUCCUCAAGAGCGAACACUAUGGCGUACAUUUUUGCAAACAACAUUAUCGACGAAACUGCAGCUGCUAGCAUGUCGCGCGACUACGCCCCAGAGAACGUUCGCCUGGCCAACGUAUUUAAGGCUAUCCAGGAAAAUCACUUCACGCUGCGCUCAUUUUUGCUGAAGGCUUUCCGGUCUGGCGACAGUAAGGUUCGAUUCUUCGUUGGCAUGUUUAUCGCCCAAGAUGGUCCAGCUGUCCUGAUCAACGAAUGGGCAGGCAAGGUCGAAAACACGAAGAACGACGAAACUUUCACGGAAGCUGUCACGGAUGUUGUCAUUGGUCGAGCACGGAAGGAUCUCAGAAGAGUCAAUAACGGGGGAAGUUUGCAAACGAGCGCCAGGAGUGUUACCCACGCACAUGUCGAAGGAUUUUCCUUGGAUCCUAUUGAGGAGGAGCUCAACUCUUCAGCACCCUGCCUCAUAAGACUUUUAAGAGGAUUGGCGUACAAGGAGAAGAAGCUGCGCAAGAAUAAAGCAAUGAAGAGUAUUGAGAAGAGGGAGAAGGGGAAGGAGAAGGAGCAGGAGAAGGAGCAGGAGAAGGAGGAGGAAGAGGAAGAGGAGGGGUGCGACGACUUGCCUUAUCACCCGCGGGAGUUAACGACAAUUGUAUCAACCAUCGCCAGCAUGCUGGUAGUUCGUCAGAGCCAGCAGUCAAACCGUUUGCAGAUGAUCUUCGGACUGUAUUUCGCGGCCACAAGAUGUCCAAAGCGCGUGGUGAAUGUACUCGCCUCUAUCGGUCUAUGUGUUUCGCCUAUGACGACCCAUAACGCCCUCACACAGUUAUCAAACGAUAUGCUCAGCAGAGUCCGAGAGGCAGUUCGGAACCAUCCGUUUUCAAUUCUUUACGACAACAUCAACAUCGCGAAUCGAAAAUAUGAUCAGCGGACCUACAAUGGCGACACUUUUGAGAACGGCACCACCGCCACCAUUGUAAUCGGCGAGGAUCUCGGCACGCCAACCUCAGCUCAGAGUCUACUGAGACCGCCCCAACUUUCGGAUUUUUUACCCGAUCAGCAGAACCGUUCGCAUAUGAAGCUCGUCUAUACAUUCCACCUCUUUGACAUGCUACAGCGGCAUUACAGCACGUACGAGCGCUGUUCGAUCCAUGUUCCUGAACUCGAGAUUCUCCCAACCCGCCAGACGCUAACCUUUCCACUACCUGCGAUGAGGCACGAUCAAUCGACAAAUGAAGGCAAUCUCGACGUCUUGCAGGAUAUCACCCAGAUCAUGCUUAAACUGCCGGAGGACUGGUUCAACAGCAAUACAAGGAUCAUAGUUUCUGGAGAUCAACUGACCGUUUCCAGGGUCAUAUCCCUUCAGGAAUUGCGUGCAGCAGACACCACGCCUUUUAAUCGACUAGAAUGGGCGGUCCCUGUUAUGCAAUUAUUUCACCUCCAGAUGCUCUUUUGCAGCACGAUUCUUCGCACGCAUUACGGACGUAUUUCGGAGCCAGGAUCACUGGCUUUCUUCAUAACUAUGCUGGGCCGUAAACGCGUGAACCUAGACUCGCCGAACUAUCACGCUGCAGAUGAAGUGCUGAGGCAUAUCUUUGAUGCAAUGGUGAGACGGGUUUAUGAGGUUGAACUUAAUGUUCAGAGACCAGAUGCCAAGAAGCCGGAUGCCGAAAAGCCAGACGCCCAGAAGCCAGAGGUACUGGAUGAUGAGAUACUGGAUAUCGAUAUGCUGAAUGAUGAGGUAUUAGACGACAGGAUACUGAAUACUCAGAAGCUGGAAACGUUCGGGACAAGCUAUGAGGCACCGCUUGGGAACGCAGCGCUAGACAAACGCGUCCGCGAAGCUACCGAGGCCAUCUGUCACCAGUAUCUCACCGAUCCGAUGGAGAACCCUCGCAAAUUCGGCAAUGCAAAUGCAAACGCGGCCUUAUUUCUCAGGGACAUGAUGGUUUAUAUGGAACUGGGUGCAGCCAUCAAGGUUGGAGACGUCGGGCGGAUCCUCGAGGUCAUCAAGGUGAUCACUGUCAUGUUCCAGUCCAAGGAGACGAAAAAUUACGCGAACGAACUCAUGCGCCUCGCUUACGGUAUUCGUCAUGCAUGGUCACCGCAAUGGACAAAGGCAGUCGUGUCAUCUUGGUUGAUUAAUACCAACGGCAAGGCGAGCGGGUGGAUUCCGGCGGACUUGUAUCAGGAACACAACAAUCUGCUGACCAAGACUAUACAUUCAGGGAAAGAGAGCAACAUGUCAUGGGAAAUGCUAGCCAACCAGAUAUCAACAAAUAUCCGCUUAUUCUCGAAGAUCGCCAAGACGCUUGAGUCAGAGUACGACAUAACACACAACAGCUCUUUUCACUCAACACUGUCCGCAGAGCGGGACAUUCAAUUAAUCCAGCAGUCGCUCAAGGACCAUGACAUUCUCGGCAAUGCGCGGCCGGGAGACUGCAGUGUACCGCUUGUGAAAAACCUGGUCAGUGAAGGUCUGGAAAAAUUGAUAGAUGGACGCUUCGAGAAGUUUGUCGAGAAAAGCGUCAAUUUAGGUGGCGAUGAACAAGACGCUGUUGUUGUUGAUGGUCUGAAGAACGAGGACAAUCAAGCGGAGGAAUAUAUUAGAUCGCUUUUUAAUGCCGGAUAUGUUUUAUAAAUUAGUUUUUCUUGCUUUUCUUGGGACUAAAGAAAUUUGAUGCAGUCCUAUUCUUGAAUAAACUCGGUCGUUUUGAUGUAGGCUUUGAAGUCACAGCAGCGGGCGUUUGAUGAGACUCAUCUGCUUCUCGAUCAAUUUCUAUAUUUGCUCCGCUUUGACCGUCAAUGAACUGGCCCGCUUCCUGUGGCGGCUGUGCACUUGCCAUGUCAAUAUCCUUGUUCAGUCUGAUGAGAAUAUCGGCUACUUCCUGCCGUUGUAGCUCAACCACAGGU